AUGUGCCGCUGUGAAAGGUAUGGUUUUCAAGCAGUUUACUCUAGAAUAGGGCAUAUAUAAAUCAGAGAUGUUUGGGUCUAGAAUAGGGUAUCAUUUUUAAGGAAACUGAUCAGUUGGUUGAAGAUUUUGUCUAGACUAGGGAUUGUGUUAUAAGGUUUUGUUUUGGUUAGACUGUGCUAGUGACCUCAGUAGUUUCUGGAAGACAGCUACUCUAGGAUAGGGGGGACUUGGGGAGUUUACUCUCGUAUAGGGUAGCAAAAUUCAGCUGAACUAGCUCUGGUAUAGGUUAAGGGUUCCAGGGUCACAGCGGCACAUCCCCACCCAGAAAUUCCUAAAGUACCCCCCUCCCCGGGGCAGAUCCUUGCCGCUCCCAAAAGCCACGAGCGUGAAUGUCGAGCCGGGCAUCCGCUGCUCUGUUCGUAAGUGUCAGCACUUCUCCGUUUAUCCGGCUCAAUUUGGAAGAUAUUGCAAACCAUGAUCUUUAGCAUUUCGGCUUCCAAAUCACGUAGCUCGUUAUGUCAUAAUGACGAAGCCUCAUCGUCUGCACACCAUGGCGUGAUCUUCAUCGAAAACAUCUCCACACGUACAAGUAGACGGGGUGUCGCUUAUUUGCCAGUCUUAUCUCAAAGGAAUGGCGUCUUUGAAUUUUCCCUUAUUUAGAGUAAAGUCCACAUCAGUAACUGGAAUGACCCAAGCCAGCUCCUUUCUCUGCAGCAAGGUCGGCGGCUCUCUCUCUUAGUUUGUUCAGGAAGGGCAUGGUUGUCUCUAAGGCGCGCAUUCUUCUCACUGCGGUUACAUUGCGCUGUUGCUGUGUUCUAAUUGCACGAUCGUCCAGGAGCUCGUGCGUCUGCGCCACUAUCUGUUCGACUACUGGUUCAGUUAUCGCAGUUGAAGCUUCGUAUUCCGAGGCUGCAAUAUGACAUAGGCCUAUGGUCCUAAGACCACACACCCUUACAGGAAAUAAUGCUAACGAGCCACGCUCAGCAGGCGUGCAGGUGUACCCUCUGAUAGAAGGAAUAAUAAUAAUGAUAAUAAUAAUAAUAAUAAUAAUGACAACAACAAUAAUAAUAACAAUGACAACAAUUAUCAUUCAGUAUUAUUACACUAUCAUAAUUUUUUGCGUCUUCGCGGACUCAGUCUCGGCCCACGUCUAUGAUACGGAACGCAAAAGAAUUUAAGAGACUUGUGUGGCCGAUUUCAUAACCAGCAAUCUUGACCUUUCGCCGGCUUGAUCAAUAACGCAUGUUGGUAUGAACAAAUGAAAUCCCGCAAAGUACAGUAGAAGUAGAAAACAUUCUCUCUACCCCACGCAUGUGUGUUUUUUAUGUAGGGUUUCGUAAUUUGUAACAGCAUACACUUCCUGCGGCCGGCAGUACGCGAUGGUGGGAGGGAAUGCUGCACACCCUUUCCGGUUUGGUUUUUGACACGUGAACCUGAAAUUAAUUCAAGAAUUAAGGUCUAAUAUUUUAAAGUACCUGCAAUAGCCUCCAUGGUUGUUUCCGUUUUAUGCCUAGCAGUCAAAACAACGCUGGAAAUGCAAAAUGUAACGGACAGUAAAACUCGGCUUCAUAUAUAUUGCUACCUACUUUUAGUUUUCGCCAUAGUUUAUCUUUGAAUUUUUGUCUUUCCUUCCUUUUAAGCAUAAGCGUGCACUGUAUCGCAAAUAUUGGACAAGUGCUUUUCUUCUUCGUCUUCGUUCUUUGAAGGUGAUUUUACACGGGACGAUUAAUUAUAUUCGCAACGACGAUUUUCAGCGCAACGCAGCGUUGCAAUGUUGGAACAAUGUUGUGAGUAUUCGAAACAAUGUCGCAACAAUGUUGCAACGCUGUGUUGCGCUAAAAAUCGUCGUUGCGAAUCGUCUCGUGUAACAUUACCUUAAGGAGUUUAGGCCGUUUUUCAUUGCAUGAUAAACGCCUUUUUCUGAUAUUUCAGACUACAAGACACUUGUCUGAGUUCAACUUCAAAGGUUAUCUCUGAUGUUUUAAAAAUGCAAGGUUAAACUCUCUUUAUGAAAGUAUUGUUUUGAGCGAAGCCUACCUAAAGGCUUUUGAUUCAGGAAAAAGCCAGAAUGUUGUAUGCCCUCAUGAAUCAAUCGAGUUUAAAUAAUCCUGCUUACAAUAACAUAAAUAAGAUUAAAACAAUUUUCUUUUCGCAGUUUUUGUUGCUUGAGAAUGUCUUAAAUCCGAUAAGUUGUACGCCCUCUAUUAAAAGGACAGCAACACAACGAAAACAUAGGGUCAGACUUCCAUUCUGGUUGUGCUUGUUAUUUUUUUAAAUAGCUCUCAUAAAGUUCUGUUUGAUCGUGUUUGCUUAGUCGUGCCAACAAAUAUUACAUAAAAUAAGUUGUUAUUCAUGUAUUCCUUUGCAUACCAAUGUGAAAGUACGCAUUUAAGAUACAAAUCUAUUUUAAAACCCCAGAUAGCCUGUCUGCCAACAUGAUUGAAUUGUUUACAGUUCGCAUAUUAACUUAAUACUCCCGGGAAUUCAGAGAUUACGCGCGUUUCAAUGCUAUGCCGGAAAUGCGGUAAAGUAUUAAAAUUUUAGUUUUUCGUAGCAUAAUUUCUUGUGUGUAGUGUGUUGCGUUUUCAAUAUCGAAAUGCAAAAGUUACUUGUGUUUACCUUAAUGGCUGAAUUACUAUUCGGAGGCGGUAUCGGUGCUUUAUAAGCCCUUCAAAGAAUGAUAGGAAAGUUCGUGGUAUGACAUGGCACGAAUUUGGCAGAAAAUUCUCCGGUUUUCCGCGAGGGAUCGAGUAGGUGUGGUUGGCUAAUUAUUAUUCCGAACACGAUAUACUCAUUCGUCAUUGGCAGACAAAUCCUGUGAUGACAUUUCCUGAAUUCGUUAGGCAAAAGGAAUGACAACGGGGGUGAUUUCUUCACAAGAUUCACGUUUCACCACGCAGAACAGAACCAGAGAAUAGAGCAUUUUAGCAAUCUAGAAAACCCAAACUAUACUUAGAGUGCAACCGAGGAAGAUCCGUAUAGGACGGAUUAAACUGGAAAAACGCAUAAUCAGAGACUGUUGCAAUCGAUUGGAGUGUAGAAUAAGUCACAAGUAAGAGGUUGUUUUUUGUUUGCACAUUCAUCACCAUUUACUUUUACAGCGAUUCUUCCUAAAGCCGAGCUUGCCAUGUGCUUCGACUCGCCGCCAUAGUCACCGCUUACUUUUUUCUGGAUCAUGAAGGUCAGGUCGACUACUUAAAGCUUUCAAAAGCUUUGCACUUCUCAGUGCUGUCACAUGUUUAACUGCAUGCACGAUAUUUUAGAAAAUAUACCGUAGCAAGAUGCCGUAAGGGGCAUUGCUGUUCUACAACAUUGUGAUUCUCCUUGUAUCUUAAAAUAUUUUCCGCGAACUUUUUUCCUCCAAAUAGAGCUAGCCCUAGGUAGAUUUUAAAAACAGGCAAGAUCACUGUCUUUUGUAUCGUAAAGAAUUAUUUAGAAUACGACGUUAAAUGUAUUGAAACACGGUAAGGUAAGGUAAUACACGAUUAUUGGAGCGAAUAAAUAUUAAAAGAAGCCGAUUAAAAACUUUUCACCAUAACUUAUUGACUUAAUGAAAAAAAAAAGUUCGAAGAGAAUAUUUGCUGUUUUGAUGGUUGAUUCUUAAUUUGUAGAGAUGAUUCAACUAAGGGUCAAGUCCUGAGGGGACUGGCAAAAUACGCGAUCUUUUGUUGUUAGAUGUAUAUUAAGGUUCAUUUCCACAUAUUGUUUUGUCAUAAGUGGCCUAUCGAUAUGCCUAGAACUUCGUUCGUACAGAAGUUCAUUAUGAGCUUGUGCUGUAAAAAUAAAUCAUAACACAGUUCUAUUUGAUUGAGUUAACAUUGCAUGAUGGGAAGCGGUGAAGUAGUUUAUGCUCGAGUUGUUGCAAUAGCGGUUUAUUUGAAUCGCUAUAUUUGCAAUUUGUGGUCAUUUGAAAAUGCUUUGUUUACCGGUCACCUAAGCCACAACAAAUUGAAAUGAAGUUAUAUUGUCUAGGACUUUCAAAGUCAGCUUUUGACGCCGUUAAUAGUAGCGUCGCAACCAAAUCGGAUCGUUCACUUGCACUUGUGCCGUUGUCAAGAUGGCGAACUCGUAGUGGUUCAUAUUUCACAACAUUAACGGGUAUUUUUGGAAUCAUGCACUUCGUUAUUAUAUUGUAAAGUAAAAGGAAAAGAUUUACUUGUCAACUGACUAAUUUGUCAAUCUUAUUGAUAUCUAGGUGUAAAUCUAGACCGACAGCAAGUGGACAAAAGAGACGAAUGGACGUAAGGAUGAUGUUCCUGUAUGCUACCGCAUUGCUCAUUUUAGCUGGUAAGACUUGCAAUAGCUAUGGUGCACUAUCAAUUUAUUCUAUCGUAUUCUUUAAUAAAAAAGCAUUGUUACCGGUAUACUUUUGUACUCAGGAGAAAUAAGUUAAGAAGUGUUGCAUGUGCGCUUUUUUUAUGAUUUAUGAUUCAUCCAGUAGCAGAGUACAAAAUCGAACGGUUUUGUUGGGAGUCGCCAAUGUUAAAUCGAUAACUUUUUUUUGAAAUCUUUUGGUAUCAAUUUUUCACUCUUUUUCUACUUUGGUCCUUCCUUAAACAAUUCAUUGUCCGAUGCCCAGUGGGGGGCGGGGAGUCCCUAGUUCCCUUCCCUUAACACUUCAUUGUCUUAUGCCCAGUGGGGGGUCUCCUACUUCCCGUCCUUAAACAUUUCAUUGUCUGAUGCCUAGUCCACGUGGAGGGAAGCGGGGAGGGGUGGGGGUGGGUGAAGGUUUGCAGCACAUGUCACAGUUCGAUCAAAAUUGAUCAUCAAAAUUGUUAAUGUUUGACAUCUGUCUAUUGACUGGGGUAAGAUUUCUGUACAACCCCACACAUGUAUUAUUUACAUAUUUUGACUGUAUUCAUUUUAACUAUAUGUGUGAAAUGAUAUGAAAUUGAGGCAUGCAUAAUAAAUGCAGGAGGAUUGUACUGCAGGCAUUUCUGACCACCUUUUGUUUGUGUGGCAGUUGUUGUUAUAGCAAAAUAUUUCAUCUACAUACAAAGAGUGUGUUCACCGAUUGUUUUUUUUUUCCACUUCAGGAGGUAUUCAGAGCACUCCAGUUCCAGCAAAAUUUUCCUUUGAAGUCACUGCAAAAAUUGAAGUACUUUGUGUCCAUGUUAGUUACAGUGUUGCAAUCAACUGCAAGACUAAUGAUCCAAGUGCAAAUGUUUCUCUCUCUCUUCCUAAACACUUGCCAUCACACAAUUUACCAAGCUUGCAAGGAAGGUUAAAAAGAAAUGGAGCAAUCUUCACUAUACAAAAAGCAAUUUUACACGACGGAGGAAAAUACUAUUGUGUUGCAGAAAAGAAUGGGAAAGUGAUUAAAAGAGAAAUCUAUCUCUACGUGGCAGGUACGUGUGGAAUAUUUCACAGUUACAUACUGUAAUAUUGCAUGUCUAUAUCGUAGGUUCAGUGAUAUAAAAUUUAAUCUUAACCCUUUAAGUCCCAGUGGUGACCAAGAUCAAUUUUCUCCUAACAAUAUCCAUAGACUGUCAAGAGAUACGUUAUGAGAAUAAAUAAAAUGAUCACCCAAGAGAAAAUGCUUUGAUCUAUUAUCAGAUUCUCUCAACUACUUCUUUAAGGAAAUACAUGGAGAUCAGUUUGGAGAAUUUGUACGUUGAUACUGGGGCUUAAGGGUUAAUGGCAUUCAUGCUUCCUGUUUUUGUCAUCUCCUUAUGCACUAAUGAUAAUGAUCCAUUGUCCCACCAUGUCAUGUAGCAAUUUCUGAUUUUUCAGACAUUUUGGUUGCCAUGGCAAAUAGAAAAACAUUUUUGUAACUAAAAUAAUUGUAACAGUAGCCACCAAUUUAUUUGCUGGUGAGCAUUAUGUGAGCCAGCACACUAUUCUCUACAAUAGCAGGAAAAAGCCAAAAUUUGUCGGGUGUAAGAUUAGGAGCAUGUGCAGUCGUUUGGUGUUCUUAUUAUCCGGGGUAUUCACUCCUGUGCAAUGACAUCACGUAAAACGCACUUGGAUGAGAUCAAGAGAAUACGAGAGCAUGGUGGUCAGCAGAUAAUUGCAGUAUUUUUCCCAAAGUAAAUAUUUCAGAGACAAGAAGUGAACCAGCAGAGAAAGUAGUAAUUAUUAUUCAAUGAUUGAAAAAAUAAUUUCGUGACUCUUCGUUUUUGUCGCACAUCGUAUUUGUCCUUUGGUAUUGAAAUUGCAAAAUGCAAGCGUCACUCACUGCAACCAUGUAAAUUCUUAACUGACAACAAUGUGGGCUGGACUAUUGAUCGAUUUUUUUAGGUAUUUUGCCGGGUGAGGAGAAGAUUAUAGAAGUUAUGAUACUGACAAAAAUUACUGGAGAAUUAGUGUCAAAUUUAUCAGAAUUAAGUCUGUCCAAGAGAGUUUUAUAAACAUGAGCUUGUGUACCUCAAUAAACAGAUUCACACUUCAUAACACUGAUGACAUUUCACUUCUUUUAUUAUGAUCAGUCAACACCUGAAAUUCAAAGUUAAAAUUCAAACAACCCUAAUAAAUUACAACUAUUGCUGAAAGCUCUGUAUCUUUGAAGCAACCUUAACUUUCCUUAGUUUUGCACCAAAACACUACUUGAUAUCUUAACUCUUGGCAGUUCUUUCAGCUUUUGUAUAUGCAGCUACAUGUUGCAUAUUCCAAACUCUGUGGAUGAAUAUUGUUAAAAGGAAAAAGCAAAACACAUAUUAUGUCUGAAAAGCAACAUAAAAUGAAUAAAUUUGUGAAUUACCAAACUAUUAUACUGAGAAACAAUCCUGCCUUCAAGCUCCAUGAUUUUGUUCCAUCCUUUGUGCAUGAUCAGUAAACAAAUAAACUGGCAAGGCCCUUGAUGAUCGCUCUGCAAGUUGUGAGAACAAAUCCUCUUUCAUAGAGAUGGUUUUUUCUCUGUGCAUUCAGCAGAAGACUGUGGUGGUGUACCAGGCAAAAAUUUUUCUGUUGGGAGAAAACUGCUGACUCUAGCUUGCUGGUCUUGGGACAAAAGAGACGAAAUGUGUGAAGCAAACCAGCUUGGCACCUAAAGUGACUUCUGUACCACAUGCAAUUAAUCAUUAAUCAGUGUUUUUUGCCCAUUGAGGCGUUAAAUUUGAUCAUUGUGUCAACAUCUCGUCCCGUUUAGGUUAAUAAUUCAGCUGAUAAUUUGACCAUGAGUCACAUUUGUCCGUCAAGGCGAAAGAAAAGUCUGAAACCAUGUAAAUUCAAAAUGUGUAUCACUCUUUGAAGCUAACCCUUAGCUAACCAUUCAACUGUAAAAUUAUUUGACUGUUGUACUGGCAAUUGCCUACUAUGCCAUGCGCCAGCACGUAGAGUACUGUCAUGUCCAAUGUUUUUUUAUACCUUUAAGUCCAAAAAAAACAUUAUUGAGCCCAACAUAUCCAUGUGUCAAUACUUUUGCACCUCCUUUUGCGAAUUGACAGAAACUUUGUUGACAUAGUAGAGUAGCAUAACACAAAAAUAUCUUGUGGAUUCAUCACUUACCCAUUCGUGACCCCAAUGAAAUAUAAACAAGUGAUUACUUACAACCCAUGCCUCGUUUAUCAUCUGCUUGCACUCUGGGAAUUUACUUGGUUCAGAUGCUAUACUUAGUUCACGUAAGCUGAAUCCUCAUGAAGCACAACUUCUGAAUCAGUUUGAAAAAGCUAAUUCAGGGGCGGAUCCAGGAUUUUUUUUAGGAGGGGGUACACUCGUCUCUUGCUCUACUUCAACACCAAUAAAGCACAUAGUUUUUUCUGCAGAAUACUAGACAGUUGUAUUAGAAAACCGCAGGUCAUCUCAGGGGGGGGGGGUGUGCACCCCCUGCACCCUCCCCCUAGAUCCACCCCUGUAACUAAAUUUGAAUCGGCUCAACCAUUCUUCUUGCCUGGCUCAGCUGGGAAUAACAGCCCAAUUUACCUAAUAUUUACAACGGUUAGUGCCUUAUGUGUUGUAAGGAAGUUCUUCAAUAUGCUUUUUCUUCAGUACAGUAUGGUGAUACCCCAAUUUUUUUUCAUUUCUUUAUUUGGUUAUGUAUAAAAGAAGCAACAGUGUUAAAAAAUGACCUUUGCAAAGUCAUUGUAUGGACAGUGCUUGUUAUGAAUAUAACUUAUUGAAUGUUUGGUCUUGCUUUUGUCACAGGUAUUCCAAAUCUUUCCAUUGUUCCUUAUAUGAGCAAGCGUGUACCCAAGGGAUCAAAAGUCAUCUACACAUGCAAGGCACAUAAUGCUACAGUUUGUGACAAUUUGCAGUGGUCCAAAGUCAAUGGGCUUAUGAAUGACGUUAGAGUAACAUCACCGUGGAACAAUAAUGGAGUGUGGGAAACGGAACUGGAGAUUGAAAAGGCUGCUUUUGCUCAUUCUGGGAGAUACAAGUGCGAGCUUUCUUAUCAUCAGGAUUUGUUGGCAGAAGAUGAAGUUGAAGUGACAGUCUCUGGUAAAUGUCAUUUUUAAUGCAGUAAUUUAAGGUCAUUCAUGUAAAAGGAUAAUAAUAGUAAUAAUAAUAUUAUAUUAAUAUUAAUACUGAUAUUUAUGAUAAUUUUCUUAUAAUUAAUGGCUUAAUAGAGGAUAUUACUUGGCUGUGCGGAGAUACGAAAUUUCUCUUCGAGUGUUGAAAAAUAUUUCAUGAGUGAGCGCAGCGACCGAGUGAAAUAUUUUUUCAACACGAGAAGAGAAAUUUCAUAUCUCCAAGUGGCCAUGUAAUGUUCUAUUUAUGAUAUAAACACCAAUGAAAUACCAAACCAUUUCACUUUAAUAGUUUUUUGGUGUGAAAGGUGCGAUUUAUUAUGUAGCCAUAGCAAAGGUGAUAUUGUCACAUGUGAAAAUAUCAAGUUUUCGCGCGAAAGCUCACCUGGUAUUUCGUUGGUGUUUAUAUAAUAAUUGAUACCAUCUUCUGGUUGUCUGAAAAAGCAGUUGAGCACCUAAUUUUUCCAAGUUACAUGGGGCAUUGACUGGGAAAAUUUUGGUGUUUUGGAUACAUGUGGGUGGUUGCAAAUGGAGGCUCGACCCACUCACCGUAAAAAUGUCUGUAAAAUUUUGUGACUUUAUGGAGCAAUAUCUUUGCUCACUUUUAAGUUAUCACCUUCAAAUUUGGUAAAUUUCCUAAUUUCAAGGUGGUCUCUCCAUCAGUGUCUAUUGAUAUUCCCUUACUGGAGGUAUUUAUAAGAGUCAAAUGUUAAAAGAAUUGUAGAAGGGUCCAUUAUUGCAGCGUCACCUAAUAUCAUAGGCCCUGGCCAAUAAUAAUAAUAAUAAUAAUAAUUAUAAUAAUAAUAACCUUUAUUUUAAGAGGGUGACACCAAUUAUUAUGAAAAGUAUUCUCCCUACUGGCCCUCUAAAAACAAAAUUGAUAAUAAUAACUUACAACAGUCAUGAUAAAAAGCCUAAUACAAAUAGUAAUUAUUGUAAUAAAAGAUCUUAAAAAUUCUACUAUUCUCCCUCCCUAGUGGCCCUCUAAAAACAAAAUUGGUAACAAUAAAAUUACAACAAUCUUGAUAAAAAGCUUAUUUACAAAUAGUGAUUAUAAUAAAAGGUUCUUGAAAAUUCUAGAGAUUUAAAAAAUUGAGAGAUGUUAAAAACGGAAGUGAAUACAUACAUUGGUAAAAAAGGGAAUCCAAUCUACAAUGAUUAAAAAAAGCACGGAGUUUUAAAAAUCAGAAUAACUUUUUAACUUUAAAAUUGUUAAUAUUAAUAUUGACAGUUUUAAUAUUAUCUACGUCUACAAUGUACAACUUUAAUCUACAAUGGAUUCCCUUUAUACUUACUGUACCAUGACUAAAGUUUAUAAUCAUUCAUUACUCCUGACAAUUGUAUGAUGCCAAUGCUUCUUUUCUUUUUUUAAUACAAAAUCAUGUCUAAAAUGAGAAAGUCAACAAGUUUAAUGGUGACAUUGUUAAAUAGUUUUGAAAAGUGAAGGUGUAUGCGAUUUCAUUCCAGCUCCAGAGGACGUGAAGAUAAUUACCAGCUCCCCUUCUCCGAUAUGGGUAAACAAUUCAGUCCAGGAAUUGAGAAUCAGAUGUGUCGCCAGUGGCUUUCCUUAUCCCACAUUCACAUGGCAAAAAGAUGGGAAAGUCAUAGAAAAUUGUGAAAUACAUGAAGAAUGUGCCAAAACUAAGAGGUACCUUUUGACGUCCUAUGGCCUGAAAAUAGUGCAGCCACGCUAUCCUGACGAUAAUGGAAAAUUUAGCUGUGUAGCAAGAAACGCUUUGGGAACAGACAGAAGAGACUUUGAUGUUAUUAUACCAGGUAGGUUUUGAUUGUGUUCUGUGACCCAGUUUUCAAAGGGGGAACCCUUUGCCCUCUGAUCCCUCACAGCCAAUCACCCUCUGAGAAACCAGAGGGGUGAGAUCAGAGGUCAUCAGUCCAUCAGUGUACACUGUACAAGUGUUGCCCAUCAGCUGUGACUGAAGUCUCAGAUUGGCACUUUUUAUUUCCUUGGGCCAUCCCCUUAUGUUUUCAUCUACCGUUGAAUGCUUUUCCUGAUUUUGGGUCAGUCGGCCGGAUUAAGAACAAAAAAAAUCACAUGGAUUGUCGGAAUAGGUGGCUUGGUACCCCCAUAUCAUUGCUGUAGAGCCUGGGAGCAACAAGACAUGAAGUAAUAUAUCAAGCAUGGGACGUAGUGUUUUAUCUGUUGAUGAAACACUGAGAAGAGAGUUGAAAAUACGACACGCAGUGGAGUAUUUUUGACGAAGUUCGAGGUAUUUCAUCUGUUGAUGAAACACUGUGUCGAAUGCUUGAUAUUACUUCUUAAACAAAGUGAUUUUAGAAGAAAUUAAGGAUGCAAAAAUGAGUAGUUUUUCGCCUGAUUUCCAACACUCAUUAAACAUUAAUUUUCUUUGUAUUUUCUUUAUGAAUUAUCAAUGAGAUUGACGACUCAAAAUCAAUAUGGCGGAAGAGUCGGUUGAUGUUUUAGCAAAAUUAAGACAAUAUAGGAAAACAAAGUGCACAAUAUAUUGUAAAAAAAAUAUUCUCGUUUCGCUCUAUGUUACUAUGCUCAUUUUUAGACUAAAAGAAGUAAUUAAAGUGAUAAGAGGUUUGUUGUGUAAAGAGUGUUAUAAUGCUUGGGAGACAUGUUGGAUCAAUUUAGCUUAAUGCAAAACUGCCCACCUACCCCACCCCUAACCCAACAUUUUGAACCAAGUGAGAAGCAAAUGUUAACGUUGGGUUAGGGGAGGGGUAGGAGAGCAGUUUCCCAGAAACCUUAAUUGCUCUGACGUAUUUUGUUCGGCACAAAAGAUGCCAUUCAGUCAUUCACAGGUAAUUUCUCGAGUGUCUUGGCGAAUAAGGACGCGUAAAUUGGCCUGAAUUUCACUAAAUUACUUCGAGAAAACGACUCGAAGUAAUCGUCUGAAAUUCAGGCUACGUGUAAUGGAAUUAUAAACAAAAUAAACUAGACAGCCGUGACGUCACAGCUCUUUUAAAUACUGAUGGUCACUGUUCUGAUUUCAGUGAAACCUGUUUUAAAGAAAUCAGUUCAGACAGUGUACACGUGGUUACCUGGCAGGAAACAACAGUUGAGUAUCCCAUGUGUUCUGCAACAGGGCGCCACCCCAGACGUUACGUUUACCUGGCAGCGGCAACAGAUCAUACAUGUACCUGGAUAUGAUUAUAUAAAUCUCCCUCCUAGGAACAUCAGUAAAACAGAUGAUAAAUUUGAAAUCAUUUCUUCCCCGAAUCAUAAAGGGAGUGUAUUGAAAAUUUUAUCAUUUCCUCAGCCUUCAAGAGUCAACUUUGUGUGCAACGCAGCUAAUUCAAAGGGGAGUGAUAAAAUGACGUUUGAAGUUGCAAAAUUGAAGUCGUAUUAGAGGUCAACUUUUUGUAGAGUUGGUGCUCUCCCGCCCCUCUCCCCCCCCCAAAAAAACACCUUCUGUCACGUAGAAUGUAAGAGUUGAUUUAUAUCUUUUUUUUACUCGAAAGAGAACUGCGACGCUUGUAAAAAUGUCUGACUUGUCAGUUAGGCGUGUUUUGCCUUUAAGGACGGCGUCUAUCUAAAACUUGCUGUUUGCGAAUAAGAAAGUACUACGUAAACAUUCUUUAUUUUGUUCAAGGGAGAUGACAAUAGGAAAAGAUGAACGUAAAGAAGGUUUACGUUUUGAAGGUUCCAGAUCUAGAUUCAGUUGUACAGUAACGAUGUUAGGUGCAAUAAUAAAUAUCAAUCGUGUAAGCAUUUUCUCAUUAACCUGAUUUUAGUCCCAAGAGAAACCAAAAUCACUUUCCUAAAAAUAUCCGUACUCAGAGAAAAGGUUACAAGAGUUGAGAAAAUGAUCAUAGGGAAAAUGCCUUGAUCUUGGAUCAAAUUCUCUCAACUAAUUCUUCAAGGAAAUGUAUGGCGAUUAGUUAGGAGAAUUUGUAUGUGGAUACUGGAGCUUUAAAGGUUAACCAAGUCAGAAAUCAGCUGCUGGGCGAGGGCCCUUAAGAUCCGAAGACGGAGACGGCAGAGAAAAUGUCGCUGAAAAAGUAAAUUCGCGUUCUUUCAAUCUUCAUCGCGUUUACUCCAAGUCACUAACUUUGUCAAAUUUAGGCGAACCCUUCUAAAGUUGAAUUCCUAAGAACCAUAUCCAAGUUCAGAAAGAGAGAGGAAAUUUCGUCGUCGCUUGUGUACCUCCUCUGUACAUCGUGAAAUUAGACAUUUUCACGUCGUAGUCGUGCAGUGACGACAAAGGAACGUACAAAAAAGCGUGAUGCACGCGCAAAAUUGUUGUUUUGCUAAUUAAACCAAUUGCUUUUAUGGCGUUCCCCUUGCCGUCGCCGUCGUCGGAUCUUAAGGUCCCUAUUAUUCGUUGAGGACCGCGCUCUUUCGAGUAAAUAGACUAGUCUAUUAAUAUAGGUGCACUGCAAGUUUUUUUUCUUUUUGCGCUUAUCUUUGCCUUUUAAGUUGAGAUAUCUGUACACCGCUGAACAAAGGCUUCGACUUAAAUAGCCCUCAAUAAUGAAAACAAUUCAAUUUCCGUUAAGAUUUGUAAAAUAUUUAGACUCACUUCAUUAUACUCGUACCCAAGAUAAUAUUCAGAAUCGCAACAUCGCUUGGCGUCAAGCCUGUUUUUAGCCUGUGUACAGACGCCCCCCUCAGACUUUUGGACGGGAGGGGGCAUCUGUACACAGGCUAGCCUGUUUUCAGAUAGUUUUAAUAAAACUACGUAUCGUUACAUUAAAUUUAUCAUGAUCGGUUGUUUUUGUUUCGUCUGAUUUUUAUAUUAGAAGUCAGCUUGCCGCCAUGUAGUUUUAGUUGAAAAUACUUGUCACUAACAAUCCUUUUAUUCGUACCUAGAUUAACAGUACAUCUACCUUUGUUUCAUUAACUACCGUAAGCUGCUGCUUAUAAACCGUGUGCUUGCUUAUACAUCUCCUGAGGGGUUUUAAGAGGCUUUAGACUGCAAAACAGUCGGUUUUUUUUUCUCAAAACCGGUUUAGCGUAGCGUAAAAAUCGCGUAAGAGUCACGCGCGCGAGCUUCGUGUGAGGCAUCUCUCCCCAGUCUCGCUCUCUGCGAGGGUGGCGCAGUGGUGAGAGCAGUCGCCUCCCACCAAUGUGGCCCGGGUUCGAAUCCCAGCGUCGACGCCAUAUGUGGGUUGAGUUUGUUGUUGGUUCUCUCCUUUGCUCCAAGAGGUUUUUCUCCGGGUACUCCGGUUUUCCUCUCUCCUUAAAAACCAACACUUCCAAAUUCCAAUUCAAUCUGGAACGCACGGACACGUUUAAACGAGUUCAUAUGAACUCCUAAGUGCUUCGUGGGUAAAAUAGGAAUUUACAAUUCUAACAAUUUUAGCCUCGAUUUAGAUCUUUUGUUUGACUGUUCGUUCGUACUUGAAUACGCAAAAAUACGGGCUGUCUUGCAGUUUGGGAGGACUUACAAUGGAUGGGGACUUAUAACCGGAAUAGGAAGGCGCUAGAGGGGGCUUACGAUCGGGGCCGAGUUGUUCAAAGCUGGGUUAAGAUAACCCAGGGAUAUUGCGAGAUUUGAAUUCAGAUUUGAAAGCCUAAAAAGCAUUUCAUUCUUUUUGGCUACAAGUUGAUCAUUGGAAGCUCUAAAUAUAACAGAGAAAAUUAUCCGAGAGAAUGCUUUUGAACACAAGAAAAGAAAUCCGGGUUAAAUUUAAUCCCGGUUUAAGCGCUAAUCGGCCUUCGAACGACUGGACCCAGAUGUAUUUUUUUUCUUGUUGUUUAAUGGUAGUUGGGCCUAUAAUUGGUGGUUUUAUAAGCUAGCCGACUUAUAAGCGGCAGUUUACGGUAAUGUGUUUGUAACGUUUUGGAUGCAAAUUAAACAUGGUAUUUACUCAACGUUGUAGCAUUGAGGCUUUUGAAAGUACCGUAUGUGUUUCCCCUGGGGGUGGGUAUUUGGGUUGCUUUGUUUGUAUGUGUCGCCCCAGUGAUUUUUCACCUUUCCGUCGUCUCCCGCGCCCUUUCUUUUUUCCUCUCCAGUCUCUUCCUGACGCAGAGAGGCGUUUGAGGGGAAGGGAGAGCAAAUGGAUUUGUUUUAGUCUCUGUACUGUCUACUAGGGCCAAUUUGGAUUUCUUCUAAGUUUUCUUUAGUGCGCGCAGUUCGCAGCGUAAUGACGGCUGGAAAUGUUAAUGGUCAAAAGCCCCAUAGAUACCUUAGUGGAGGUUUACAAAAUGUAGUAUUCACUUCUUCAAUUCAUCAAAUAGAGCAUUGGCUGUAGGAAACAUGGGUUUCGAUUAACGUUUCCGCGUCUCAGGAUGAGAAGAGAACGCUCGGUAAUUACCAAGACUUCACGAAUGCCGAUCGACUUCUGAAUCAAAACUGAGCUUACUUAGAGGCUUUUCUACAAGGAAUAUAUGGGGAGAAUUGACCAGAAAAGACAAAAGACAACUUCAAUGUGAGUAAUUCAACUUUAUUACGCAAAAAAUUAACCUUUGUUUAGUCGAAAAGCAUGUUUCCUAUAGCCCACGAAUAGACAAAGAGGUGGCAACCAGGCCCCAGGCGAGUGUGUAUGUUCUGCGGCAUUUUGUAAUAACGGCAGUGCCUGCUAAACUUACUUAGUAACGGAAAGUGGU